AUGGUGGAGUACCUGGAGGUAUUUGGUCUGGAGCGUGUUGGUGUAUUUCGAAUUGGUGGCUCAGCAAAUAAAGUCAAGGAAUUGAGGCAGAAGUAUAAUCAAGGGGAAAAAGUAGACCUUAUUAAUGAUGGAGAUGUUGAUUCUGUGGCCAGUCUCCUGAAGCUCUUUCUGAAAGAACUACCAGUGGCUGUUUUUCCAGACAAUAUUUGUUCUGGCUUGCUAAAAACUUUCCAAGAGCACAAAAUCAACACGACAGAAUGCAUAGAACGCCUGAGACAGCUGCUCAGCUGCCUGCCCAAAGCCCAUCAAAACCUUCUUCAGUUCCUGUGUGCUUUCUUGUUAAAGGUAGCAACCUACAGUGCAGUGAAUUUCAUGACUCUGGAAAACCUGGCCAUCGUGUUUGGACCUGCUUUGUUCAAAGACAAUGAUAACAAAGAAAAUUACCCGGACAACUCUGCUGUUUUAGAGGAAAGGCAGCUGCCUUUGCAAGACACUCAGCAGCACAAGCAGCAGGUUGUGAUUGACUGCUGUCUAAAGCCUGAAAUGGGCAACUUAAAGCUGAGGAAACCUAAGCCCAUUGUAAAGCUAGAAAAUGGAAAAAGCCAUGAGGAAAGUCAGGAGCUGGAGUGUGCAUUGCCAGGCCUCAUGGAGUGGCAGGGGAAGGCUGGAUCCUCAGCUAAUAACUAUGCACAGAACGUGGCUUUGAAAUGCCAGGAAGCAGUCGUGAGAUUCCAACCAAGAAUAGAUCAGAACACAAGCAUUUCACCAAAAGAAGCAACUGAUCAAUUUAACAGCUUAAAUGAGAAUUCUUUGUUGAAGCUGCAAGCCCUGGAAACUGAUUUGUGCUCUGCGUUUCUGCCAGCCCAGGAGGAAACUCCCCAGUUGCCGGCACCCAAGGACACAGCCCCUUCUCCAGCGCAAAGCAGUGUGCAAGCUGAUGGGGCCAGUUGUGGAGAGCAAUAUCACUUCAUUUCUCCUAUUAUUGAUUUUAAUUUAAUGCAUCAGCAGAGAGAUAGCGAAGAGCCUGUGCCAGCCCACAGGGACUGGCAGAAUGACAUGGAGAGCAGCCCACAGGAACAUCACUCCCUCGGGACCAGCCGACUGCUGUAUCACAUCACAGAUGGAGACAAUCCUCUCUUGUCACCACGCUGCUCUAUAUUUAGCCAAAGUCAGAGAUUUAAUCUAGACACAGAGUCUGCCCCUUCUCCACCAAGUGCUCAACCUUUCAUGAUGCCAAGAAGUUCUUCUAGGUGUAGCUGUGAAGACUGCAAAGAGCCACAGACAGUAACACAACUUACCAAGCAUCUUCAGAGCCUCAAGAGAAAAAUUAGGAAGUAUGAAGAAAAGUUUGAGCAAGAAAAGAAAUACCUGCCUUCGCAUGGUGACAAGACUUCCAAUCCUGAAGUUCUGAAGUGGAUGAAUGCUCUGGCCAAAGGUCGGAAGCAGCUCAAAGAGCUGAAACUCAGACUAUCAGAAGAGCAAAACUGCACCUCCACAGCACCCCAAAGAAAUGAGCACUGUGAAGGCAGUGGGACCUCUAAAGAGGCUGGCACACAGGAGGCCACAAGUAUGGAACCAGCUCCCUCAGUGGAUGAAACGAUGGAUAGUGUGUUGAGACGACUAAAGGAGAAAAGACAACACUUCAACAUUCCUGAGACUAUAAAGGAUAUGACAAAAAAGCAAAUGGCUUUGGAAAAAAUCAAUCUUCAGAAAUGUCUACUAUAUUUUGAGAGUAUUCAUGGACAACCUGUAACUAAGCAAGAAAAGAGUCUCAUGAAACCUCUUUACGACAGAUACAGAAUUAUCAAGAAACUUCUGGCCGCUCCAUCCUUGAUCACAACAAUUCAGGAGGAGGAAGACUCAGAUGAAGACCAUUCUCAGAGCACCCAUGAGUUAUCAUCUGGUCCAAUGUCUUGCUUUCCUGUUGAAGAGCACCUAUGUUACUCACAGGAGGAGAGUGAGCCUGCACAUAUUUCACCCCUGGAUGAAAAGAAAGUUUACAGGCAAACAGCCUUGUCUAUGUCCAAUUUACAUGAGGCAACAAUGCCCGUUCUGCUUGAACAUCUCAGAGAAACAAGGGCUGAUAAGAAGAGGCUUCGCAAGGCUCUUCGAGAGUUUGAGGAGCAGUUCUACAAACAGACGGGAAGGAGUCCUCAGAAAGAAGAUCGGGUGCCAAUGGCUGAGGAAUACUCUGAAUACAAGCACACAAAAGCAAAAAUCAGGCUCCUGGAGGUUCUCAUUAGUAAGCAUGAUAUUUCCAAAACGAUUUGAAGUGAAUGCAAUGCUGUGAUAUUGAUCUCUAGGGGAAAAAAAAAAUCCAAGCAAACAAACAAGUAAUGAAAAAGAGAAAGUAAUUUUACAGGUCUUGGUCUGCUGCACAAUUAUUUGACACACUGAGAUUUUUGAUGCACUUUACCAGUUAUAAUAACUGUGAUGAGAGAGGACAGCAAUAUGCAAGAUGGGUGAGUGGACUAUAGAAUAUAUUUUUCCUUUUGAAAAAGCCUUGAAGUGCACUGUGAGAAUGUUAAGAAAUUAAAAGGAUACUGAAGUGAUGUAGAUUCUCAGUUUGGAGAACUGAGAAUUGCUCUAAGUGUGAGGAAAUGUUCUGCAGGUUUUUAGUACAUCUUAGUACAUGCUAAUGUGCCACACGUUUGUUUCCAGAAUUAACAUGACUUAUAACUAAUUAAUAAUGUUGGCUAUCAAGGUGCUGAUUCACUAGGUUAAAAGAAAUGAAUUAAGGCGAGUGAAAGGAAAACUCAGAAAAUACUCUAGCUGUCAAGACAGAGUGGCCAUUCAAUUCCAGUGGCUUCAAAAAAAGGUACACAGGAAGAAGCAGUGCCAGGAGUAGAGCAGAGUGAUGCUGCUUAUGCAAGAAAAGGCCAGAACGUGAUGCCAAAUGGAACUAGUGGUGUUGUAGGAAUAAGAGAAAGUGCUUGGCAAAACAAAAUAGCUACAGGUGGCUGAGGAAAGGUGGAACAAAUGUACUGGCUGCUGUCCUUUACACUAGUUCACAGGACCUGGCUCACAGAAUUUAAAAGUCAGUAAAUAGAUCAACUACAUGCUAAUUUUGAUUUCUCUAUUAACCUUUGCACUUUGGUUUGCCUGAUGCUAUAACAUUCGCUUCUCUAACUACCAAAGCUCGUUUAGACGCAUGCACUUUGUAAAAUGUUGAAGUACUUCUUGUGUUAUAAAUUGCCACAUAUAUAUAUAUAUAUGAAAACAGGACUAGAUUAAUGCAUUAUGCUAAGAUAUUUUGGGUAGAUAAAGUACAUGGUAUAUAAGUGAGUGUCACAGUUAUCUGAUGAGGACUGCUAGACUUCUUGUUUACUGAGAAUAAGGUUAGAAAAAGUUAUUUUUCCAUUGGAGUUACACAUCUUUCUUAACUUUCAGAACACUACACUUCAUAAUAUUAAGGAGAAUUGUCACUGUUUGUGAUAGGCCAUUGGUGUGAAAAGUGGACUAGUAAUAGAAGGAGUAUCAGUAGGUUUCGUACUAGAAAUGAAAAGCAGGGAUUCUGGGGAAUUCCUAGCCCAGACAGAAAGAAGGGAAGAAUUACUUAAAGAAAAAAAUAAGGGACUGGAACCAGUUGAAUCAUGUUUAGUGUUUUGCUUUACCUGUCAUUUUGUAUUGACCACAUAGUAUAAGCAAGCUGUUUUCUACCUUGGUAAGAAGAUUUUGAUUUUAAUAAGCCUAUUAUGUACCAACCACGUUUGUAUUUAUCUAGUAUGUAAUGGCAUGAUUUGGAAAAUGUACGCAUCUUCAAGUAGUAUGGAGGAAAUAAUAUGAACACUAAAAAAGGAAUUUUUUAUUUUGCAGCUGUUUGUUGUUUCAGUUACUGAUUUAAUAAUUUAUAACUUAACUUUUAUGAAUCAGAAAUGGUCUUCAUAAAUCUGUUUUAAUUAAAGUCAUCUAGAGCAACAGGAACAGAUACAGAGCUAUUUGAAGUUUACAAACUACAUCUUUGAUAAGGGAAAAUGAUUUAAUGACAUGUAUACAAUUGAUAUUAAAAUGUAAUCUAUAUAUUCUAUAUGAUUGUAUAAUAUUUUAUACAACAGUACAAAUAAAAUAUUUUUCUAUUAUA